AAAUGAAUUAUAUCAAAUACAACAAUAGACAAAUAGGGCAAAUAUAGCCAUCACUGGUUUAAAAAUGCUAAUUCUUAUAGAAAAUGUAUCACAAGUAAAUUUAAGGAGAUUUUCUGAGAGAAAUACUGUUUGUGGGAGGUUCCUAUGAACAACAACAGGAAUGAACUUGAAAAGCAACUUUAGCUGGUUCACAAUUGCAGAGGCUUUUACUAUGAUGAGAAUGAAAGAAAAAAGAAAAUAGAACGUACUUGGGCAAACAAACUACAGUUCAAUUCCAAAAGGUUUUGUAUUACUGUAUGUGACAAUGAAGCUGGUGAUCAGGACUCUAACCUUGCUCUGGAUUCUGCCUUUAACUUUGGGAGAAGACAUCCCUGUCACCUGUCUUUACUCUAGAGAGUGUGUAUUACCCUGCAAAUCCAAAAUCCCAAAUAUCAUUCACUGGUAUAAAGGCCCCAAUGCAGUGCACUCAUUCUACAACAAUGAAGACCAGCUGACGUAUCAGAACGAGGCCUACAAGGGAAGAACAUCGCUGUUCCCAGAAACCGAAAUCCAAAAUGGAAAUGUAUCACUUAUACUGAAAAAUAUCAAGAUCCAAGAUGAAGGGAGAUACAGGUGCUACAGCGCGAGUGAACAAACAAAUGAGGAGACAUAUGUGGCCAUGUCUGUAUUAGCUCCAGUUAAAUCAGUGGAUAUUUCAUUAAGUGGUGACACAGUCAUCUGCAACACCAGCGGAGUUUAUCCAGAACCAAAUGUGUCAUGGUUCACGGAUCCCUUAACAAAAGAACCAUCGAACAAUUACAACAAAACAGAUGACAACCUGUUCACGGUGACCAGUGAAAUUAAAAGAGGCUUAAUCAACAAUAACUACACAUAUAACUGCUCAAUAACCAAUAAAGACAGGACAAAGACACACUAUUCAGUCAGUUUAAUGCACCGAGAAAUCUCAUUGCGAGAUGAGGUGACUCUCCCAUGUCGAUUCACAAAGGACUUCAACUACAUUCUCACUUUUAAUUUUUCAAUCGCUGUUCUGAAACAUGACAGUCAAACCAUUAGAAAAGAAAUCUCUGACCAGUUUAAAGGCAAGGUUGACAUUUUGCCAGAUGGGACAGUCAAACUUCAUAACCUGAACAAAAAAAAAGAUUUAGGAACCUUCACCUGUGAGAGCAGUACUGCUGAAUCUAGAUGCAUUGUACAUACUGUAAUCACACAAGGUGCAAGAGAUCAUACAGCCUCAAUUGUCAUCUCUGUCUUAGUAGUUAUUAUAAUUGUCAUUAUCUUUACUUGUGUUGUAAAGUUUAGAAAAAAACUGUGCAAGAAGGACACAUCCAUCUAAGGUACAAAUACAAAGAAAGAUGCGAUGCAAUACAGAGCAGGAACAAGCUCCCCUUAAAUAACAUUGUACUGUGGACCCUGGCUGUGACCACCUAAAUGAAACAAGUGUAACCUACUGUAUGGCAUCUGAUAAAGUCUAAUGAAGAUGGAUGCACAAACCCCAAUACUCUACAUUAGAGAAUUGCGAUCGAGGAAUGAAAAAGAAUUCCAGCACAUCAUCUUGGAUGAGUCAGCUUGGAGACAAAUAAGAGGACUUUGAGGAACAAGCACGAGAAUAAGACAUUUUACUCUUUAUGCGCUGACAGGUCCUGUGUACUUGAUUGACAUCCCAAGCUCUGCCUUCAUUCUCAAACUGAAGAUCUUACAGAUGACUUUAUUGACAAAGUCCAAUGAACUACACUUUUCCUUGGUUUAAUGAACCUUACAACCUCACUGUAAAUUACUAACAUUCAAGACGGGUUUUAAAUAAUAUAUAUUUCUUGAACUUUUAGGGGCCUUUUUUCCAACAUUCCAUUUGACAUAUUUUAUUUCUGUCAGAAAUGGAUAGCUCAGAUUCUUAUCAACAUUCCUUUCUCAUGUGACACGUCAAACAAGUCCAAGAACAUUCAUAAGCAGUCACAUACCAAAACUAUUAGAUCUCUUCUUAAAGAGAACAAAAACAAAGAUUGAUAAAAACAGAGAACACAGAAACUACUGUAUGACAACACUGAAACUAGGAAAAAUAGCUUCAGAUUUUUUGAUUUUCCGGCCAAAUAUACUGUACAUACACCUAUGGUAAUGCAUUGAAUAGAUAUGUACACGAAUCAGAGCAUAACCCGUCUUUCUCAUGACAGAUCAUAGUCUGAGAAACCUAAUUUCAGUCAUAACUCUAUUAUGACAUACUCAUAGACAGGGGCAAUCAUUUUUCUGCUUUUCUUUUUGUUUGUUUCCAUUAAGCUUUAAAUUGUAAAUUAUUCUAUUGCACAUUUGUACACAAACUGAAUGUUUUUGCACAUAAUACGGCUGUCUACAAACAAAUUGAGAACUGCCUUAUCACGAACAAUUUGUCUUCUCAGUAUUCUACACUUUUUUUUUUUAUUGUGGGUCAAUGAAGAAUGUACAUUAAUGUAAAGGACAUUAAAUUAAAUUAAA